AUGACGGAAAUAUUCAUCCAGAUGAAAUGGAUAAAUGAUAUUCAAAAAUAUCUUAAACUUAGAUACAUAGCUAAACACGAUGAUGAUUAUUUGAAUAUUGCUAUAUCAUUAUUUGAAGAACUUAGUAACGCACUUAAAGAGGAUAUUUCUUUUACAUUAUUUAAAUGUACAAAUACAAGGUUAUUAGAAUCAUUAAGAUAUAUUACUGAAGUAAAAGAAUUUGCGAAAAUUAUUGCAGAUGAAUCAAAUUUAAUCAGGAAUAAUUCUAUUGUAGCUUUAAAGCAUGAUGUUGCUACAGGAAAAUAUUUAAGUUCAAUUGACAAUUUGUGUUAUAUAACUGGAAGCAAGAAUCAACUGGCUUUUGCAGGCAGCCCAGAGCCUGAUCUAAACGCUUUAUGGAAAAUUAGUACAUUUAAAGAAAAAUUCCCUAUGUAUAAUAAAACUUCUAUAAAAUUACGACAUAUCAAAUCUGGCAAUGUUCUUGGAUUAUUCAUGAUGUUCAAUUUAGAUACUUUUCAAGAAAUUGUUGGUCAUAACGAAAUAAUAGAAGAAUGGUGCAUUGAACUUAUUAAACGAGUUUAA